UGGCGGUUUCUCUCUCUUCUCUCUCUCUCUCUCUCCUCAGUCCUUGUUCACGUUUCUUCAGCUUACCUCCAAAUUAAUUGUACAGUACUUUUGUCACUGUAAAAUCCAUUUACUGAAAUUUGUUUACACACGCAAAGGGGCACACGAGAAAACUACAGGAAAAUAUGUUAUAGAUCUAUGGAGGCCCAUCCGUGACGACGAUCGGUGAUACCCAAAUCUUUGUACUUGCUUAAGUUAUAGUGUACCCUUUAGUCUCAACAGUAGCUGUCUUAAAAAUUAUAUACCUUUUUUGCUUUCUUUAAUUGAUGGAAGUAUAUGCACAAACCCCGUCUAUUGAAACAACAGCUAAUACCGGCGUUGUUCCUAUCUUCCUUCUUCGAAUCUCUGCUCAAUCGCGUUUAUUUCGAGUCUGUAUGAGUGUAUCUUGAGAGAGUUUAAUGGGUUCUCUUGAAAAUGGUACUUCAUUAAAGAGGGACAGUCCUUUUCUUCGUUCUUCUUCGCCGGUAGGCAGGAAUGAGAGACACCCAUUUGGUCAAAGACCCAGAUCGAGGUCUGCUAGAUGGUUAUUGUUAAAGAGGAUCCAUUAUUUGCACUGGAUUUGCGCAGUUGCCGUUUUCUUCUCUUUUGUAGUUCUUCUUCAGAUGCUUUUGCCCGGGUCGGGUUCUGAUAAAUCGGGAGUUCCGUGGAAGGUAAUGAAUAAUGACGGUUGGGAUUCAAUGUUUUGGGAUAAGAUUGGGGAAGUGGAUUUUGGGGAAGAUAUCAAGUUUGAGCCGUCCAGGUUAUUGAAUAAGUUGUUUCAGAAAGAGUCCAUUAAUGAGUUCAAUUCAUCUUCUCUGUUAAGAAGAGGAGUAAGAUUUGGUAACCGGAAGCCUCUUCUUGCUCUGAUUUUUGGAGAUCUUCAUAUCGAUUCACAACAGAUACUGACGAGUACAGUUUCCAUUGCAUUGCUGGAGAUUGGAUAUGAAAUUGAGGUUUACGCACUUGAAAAUGGUCCUGCAUAUUCUGUAUGGAGAAAAGUUGGCGCGCGAGUAAAUCUCAUUGGAACCGACAGCUCUAUGGCACAAGCUAUAGAUUGGUUAAAGUAUGAUGGCGUGAUUGUUACCUCUGUAGGAGCUAUGGAAGUUUUCUCUAGUCUUCUGCAGGAACCAUUCAAGAAUGUGCCUCUUGUAUGGACCAUCCAUGACAACAUACUUGCUGAUUAUUUGAAAACAUGUGUAUCGAACAACCAGGCUGAUAUUAUAAAUGAGUGGAAAAGAUUCUUCAACCGUGCCAAUGUUAUCGUCUUCCCAAACUAUGCACUACCGAUGUUUUACUCUGCAUUUGAUGCUGGGAACUAUUUUGUCAUUCCGGGUUCUCCAGCCGUAGCCUGGGAAGCAGAUACAAUUUUGGCUACAUAUAUAGAUGAUAAUCCCCGAGCUGAGAUGGGUUAUGGGCUUGACGAUUUCAUUAUUGUAAUUGUGGGAAGUAAAUUCUUGUACAAAAGUUUAUGGCUGGAACAUGCCCUCGUUUUAAAGGCAUUGUCACCAUUUUCCACUGAUCUUUUAUCCGAUAAAAGUUCUAAUGCACAGGUCAAGAUCAUCAUCUUGGCUGGUGAUUCUGCAAGUAACUAUAGUAUGGCCGUGGAGGCAAUAGCUCUCAACUUACAGUUCCCGAGGGAUAAUGUGAAGCAUGUUCCCGAUGAUGAAGAUUCAGACAGGUUACUGAAUCUGGCUAAUCUUGUCAUAUACGGGUCCUUCCUUGAAGAACAAUCUUUUCCGGAGAUUUUGAUUAAAGCUAUGUACAUGGGGAAACCAAUAAUUGCUCCAGAUUUGCCCAUGAUUAGCAAAUAUGUUCAUGAUAGGGUAAACAGUUAUCUUUUUCGGAAGGAUGAUAUAAACUCACUCACUCGAAUACUAAGAGAAGUGAUAUCGGAAGGAAAGUUAUCGCCUUUAGCUCGUAAUAUUGCAUCAGUCGCCCGAGAGGCUGCUAAGAACUUCAUGGUUUCGGAGACCAUCGAGGGAUAUGCAUUUCUCAUGGAGAAAAUACUCUAUCUCCCAUCGGAAGUUGCUGCCUGCAGACCCAUAUCGGAGAUUCCGGUGAAACUGAAAGGGGAAUGGCAAUGGUAUCUAUUCGAGUCCACUGCUGAUAAAAAAACACAUCUUAAAACGACGGUUAGGAGCAAUCAAUUUUUGGAGAAGAUAGUUGGACAGUGGAACCAGACUCGAUCUGAGGUGGUUUCUCGUGUUCAAGUUCCUCCUCUAAACGAAACGUUAUUGUAUUCUAUCUGGGAGGAAGAGAAGUACGUUGAGAUGGUCAAUACGAAGAAAAGAAGGGAAGAAGAAGAGUUGAAGGACAGAACCGAUCAACCUCGGGGGACAUGGGAUGAAGUAUACCGAAGUUCCAAACGGGCUGAUCGUACUAAGAAUGAUUUGCAUGAAAGGGAUGAUGGGGAGCUUGAAAGGACAGGGCAACCGUUAUGCAUAUAUGAACCAUUCAUCGGGGAGGGAACCUGGCCUUUCUUGCAUCAUUCAUCUCUUUACCGUGGAAUUGGGCUGUCUACAAGAGGCCGAAGGCCUGGUGGAGAUGAUAUUGAUGCACCUUCUCGACUUCCACUUCUCAACAACCCUUACUAUCGAGACGCCUUUGGUGACUAUGGAGCAUUUCUUGCUAUAGCUAACCGGGUCGAUCACAUUCACAGAAAUGCAUGGAUUGGGUUCCAAUCCUGGAGAGCUACCGCACAAAAGGAAUCUUUGUCGAAGGCGGCUGAAACUGCACUUUUAGAUGCUAUCAAUGCACGAAAGCAUGGAGACACCCUAUACUUUUGGGUUGGUUUGGAUAAGGAUCCUCGGAACCGAUUACAACAGGACUUUUGGUCAUUUUGUGAUGCUAUCAAUGCUGGGAAUUGCAAAUUUGUGUUUUUGGAGACUCUGAAACGCAUGUAUGGAAUAAAGACUAACUUCACGUCUCUUCCUUCAAUGCCUGCUGAUGGUGACACAUGGUCCGUAAGGCAUAGUUGGGUUUUGCCAACCAAAUCCUUUUUGGAGUUUGUAAUGUUCUCCAGGAUGUUUGUUGAUGCAUUGGACGCACAAAUGUACAUAGGACAACCAAAACACGGGCAUUGUUACCUUAGCAUAUGGAAGGACAAGCAUUGCUACUCUCGGGUGCUGGAGCUACUUGUGAAUGUUUGGGCAUAUCAUAGUGGGAGGCAUAUGGUGUAUGUGAAUCCAAACACGGGGGCUAUGCAAGAACAACACGCCCUUAAGAAUCGGAGGAGGGGUCAGAUGUGGGUGAAGUGGUUUGAGUACACCACCCUCAAGAGCAUGGACGAGGAUCUAGCCGAAGAGGCAGAAUCUGACCAUCCAUCUAAUGAAUGGCUAUGGCCAUCGACGGGUGAGGUCUUCUGGCAAGGAAUGUAUGAAAAGGAAAGGAAUCAGAAGAACAUGGAGAAAGAGAAGAAAAAGAAACAAAGUAAAGACAAGCUAGAUAGGAUGAGAAGAAAACAUCACCAGAAGACCAUAGGAGGCAAAUACUUGAAGCCGUCGCCCGAGGAGGAGGACUUAGACUCGAACUCGACCACGACCACGGUUCUAGCUAGACGUUUAAGGUAGAUGAAGUUGGUGAGUCUAACACUCUAAUUUGAUAGCUUAUUCAUUUCUUCUUUUAUUUACCAUAAUAUAUUUUUUUUCAAUUUAGGUUCAUUCUUGUAAGGAAAAAAGGUCCAAAAUAGUGUGAUUAUUUAUUUUAUGUAACAAUUAUUGAUGCAUCCUUAUGAUUGUCAAUGGAUGCUUGAAAAUGUAUACUCUAAUUGUUCUGAACUUAUCUUUU